AUGGAAAUCGGAGAAAAUGAUCAGCAUUCCACAGCGAUUUUGGCCGUUGAUGGUAACAUUGAUCAGAGAGCAUCCGGGAAUAGCUGUGCCAGGACGGCCUUCAAACCCGUGGUUUGGUGGAGGGUGGAUCUCCAAGCUAUUCAUAAUAUAUACAGUAUUAAAGUCUUCUAUCGCAACGACAGUGAUCAGUAUGUUUAUGAAAAUUCGCCUGAGAAUGAAAGGUUCAGUGUCAUAAAAAAGGAAAUGAAGUCAGUCAGGGAUCCCAUGACCACGAGUGGAUUCAGAACCCCUGAUGUUGUGAUGAUAGCAGAUGCGAAUGGUGAUAAACUACCCCCACUUCUGUCUGAGCAUGUUUGUAGAAAACAUGGAAGAUACAUUACCUACUACAAUGAACGUGGGAAUGGAGUGGUUGUUCCACAGGGAUCACGACCAACUACAACAAUAGCAGAUCUUUGUGAAGUUCAAGUGUUGGGUUGUAGCAAAAAUAAUGUAUACGGGAAAAACUGUGAUAAACAAUGCCCAGACAACUGUUUGGAACGUAACUGUCAUAUAGAAACCGGAUAUUGUCAAGAAUGCAUAAAGGGAAGGCAGGGACAGCGUUGUGAGAAAUGCAAUGAUGGUUUCUUUGGUCUUAACUGUACCACACGCUGUAGUGAGUUCUGUAAUAACGUAACAUGUGAGAGCACUACAGGGGAGUGUUUUCUUGGUUGUGCGCCUGGCUACAUUGGAUUACAAUGUAAUAAAAUGUGCACUGGUGGGAAAUAUGGAAAUAAUUGUAGCAAUGACUGUGGUCAUUGUGUGAGGGGUAAAUUGUGUGAUCACGUGUCUGGUUUUUGUGAGGGAGGGUGCGCGGAAGGAUACAAAGGUCAAAUAUGCAAAACACCUUGUAGUCAUGGAGAAUAUGGCAAGAAUUGCCUGGAAAGAUGCAGCAGUAACUGCUUGAAUGGAGAAAUAUGUAAUCCUUUUUAUGGAGGGUGCAUCAGCUGCACCCCCGGUUGGAAAGGCUUACUUUGUAAAGAAGGUAAAUUAUAA